CACGCAACCCUAGUCCCACAACGAGUAUCAAACCGCAACAUUUUGAAUCUUCAACUCCCCAAGUCGACGACACCAAUUAAUCCGCCCCUCCCCCCGACCGACACCACACGACAUCCCGCCAUCAUGUCGACCGCCAAGGUGAAGACCGGCCAGCUCUGGGGCAAGAACAAGGAGGAGCUCACCAAGCAACUGGAUGAGCUGAAGACCGAGCUCGGCCAGCUCCGUGUGCAGAAAAUCGCUGGAGGUGCUUCCUCUAAGCUCACCAGAAUUCACGAUCUGCGCAAAUCGAUCGCCAAAGUCCUUACCGUCAUAAACGCCAACCAGCGCUCGCAACUGCGUCUUUUCUACAAGAACAAGAAAUACCUUCCCCUUGACCUUAGGCCAAAGCAGACUCGCGCUAUCCGGAGACGGUUGUCGAAGCACGAAGCCUCUUUGAGAACGGAGAAGGAGAAGAAGAAGCUGGUUCACUUCCCCCAACGGAAAUAUGCUGUGAAGGCAUAGGUAUGAUAAUGGGAUGUGGGGGGAGUUGGAGAGCGCUGUUUUUUGCUGGUUUUAACUUGAUAUUUUUCUUCCUUCUUCAAUCGGUUGAGAAAAUGGAAAUAAAUGUAUCCUAGACGAUGCAAUUGAGUUGGGCAGCAAUUUUAUGAAAAUCAUUUUCCUACGGCUCAAAAAACAUACAAAAAAGGGAUUCUUAUCUUCAAAACCUUUUCUUCCGCUUUUACAUAUUUAACCUGUCACUACAGCGCGCAGCAAUCUCCCGAAAGUCACGCCCGCGGGCCAGAUCACUCCUACAAAGGUCCACGACACUAACUUCGGUCCUAGGAAAAAGCUACUUACAGCACUACAACAUCCAAUUACCAUCUCAGAAGCGGCUAGUUUCACGAGUUUCAACAGUCUCCAAUUUUCAUAUUGUCAACCUCCGAAACCGCGAUGGAUUCAACCUACGGUCGAUGAACAACUCUAGGCUUCCCACUCAAGGCCUCCGCAAACUUACUCCCAGUGGUCACCCCAGACUUCUAGCACCGCAAGUUACCCCUUCUCUACACAGUACAGGCAGGGUAUUUAUCCAUCUCUGAUUGCUUGCGGAUCCCAACGCGGUGUGUAAACGAAAUAUAAUGGAAUGUCCUGCUUUUAAAAUACAAAUAUCUUACCAUUUCUUCUACGCCUAUCCCUUGAUUCCGAAGAAGAACCACCCCUUCACUCCAAGAUCAAAUAAUACCCCUAAAAUAUAAAAAUGAGACUACGUACGUGUUACCUAUACACCGGGAGCGACACCCGAUCCAACGCCUCCACAUUCUCCAUCGCAAAUGAGCCCCCACAAACACACGUCCUCAAAACCCCAAUCUUCCCAAUCAGCCUAUACAUAGAAGCCGACCGGGGCAGGCAUGUAUCCUCCGAAACUUCACAGCAGCGUACACACCUCCUCUUCGCCACCGUUGCAUCCAACACCUUACCCACAUUCUUCUUCAAAAUGUCCACAUCAUGCGUCCGCUUAAAGAGCUCCGUGCGCUUGUCAUCCCCAAUCCCAAGCCAGCUAUAGUCGUAUAGCGCCAAUGCCAUCCUCUCUACCCCCGGCCGUACUACCAGCGGCACCGUCUCUGUCAAUAUGGACAUGACGGCUGGUUGGAGCACCGGCGGGAUGCUGCAUGUGAUUAGCAUCUCGCGCUCAGGUGCGUUUCGCUCCGCGCUCCCAAACCCGGCAGCUUCGUAAGUCCGGGUGACGAUGCUGUCGAUGUGUGCGAGCAUUUUCUCGCAGACGUCGGGUUUUAGGGAGGAUUGGUCAAUUGUAUCGUUGAUGCUGGCGAAGAGUUGGUAGGAUUCGCCGCUUAGGUUGUUGGCAGCUUUGAAUGUUAGGGGAAAACGGCCGAGGUAGCGGAAUAUGUGGCGGAGGAAUGAGCGGGGGAUGCUGGAAAGGACGAGGAUGAGGGAAGGGGAUUCGUAGGUCUUGCCUUAUGGAGUGGUAGAAUCAUGUUAGUAGGCCGGGGGGUUAUGAAAAGAAUCGCGACUAAAUCGGGGAGGAUGGGUUUUUAACUUUUUCACUCACUUGAUAAAGUAAAUGAGGUUCGGUCCGCCGGUAUUGUAUCCGCAAUUUCGAGGAGGUCGUCGACCAAGUACUUUGCAAGAUCGAGGAUCCACUUGACAUUUCCCAAAACCAUGCGGAGAACCUCUGUGGAUACACAUGUAACCAUGCGUGACAGUUAGAAUAUUUAUCUUCUCUCCCGGCUAUAUAUAUUUGCGUUAGGGUUGAAAUAGUUAACAUACCCGGCUCCGAAGGGGUGGAAUCCUUGCCGUUCUUGAGGUAAUGCGAAACUGUCAAAAGUAGCACCAUGAUCUGCCGAAUGUUUAAUAUGAUCCACGACACGGUGGAGGAUGGAGCUCGUGGCUGGAACCGAGAUCUGAAACCAAGAACUGCUUGCAUACUGAGGCCCUUUUGGAUGGAUUGAUUGUUCACGAGUUUAUCGUGCUCGGUAAAGUCGAC